CACCAGGCUUCUCUCAUCUCCUGCAUUAUCUAGUUUGCAGUAUCUUGUCGGAGCAAUGUCACUCCCCGACCGAUAGCCAUUAUGAUUCAUCGACCUGAGUCGCGAUUCUCACACUGCUGAUUUCACAGGCGCCAUUCUUGAAUUCACAGGAUGCUAGAGCACCGGCUUUGAGGCGCGUCGAAAGCAGCAGAUCCGACUCAGCAUGUCCCCCCUUUCCCCCAGGCGCUGGCGCGCGGGGGAGAGGGUGGAAGUUGCUCCUCGGGGGGAGGGUUUCCAGGGCGCUUGGUUCACUGCCGUGCUGCUGGCGGUAGACAGAGGCAGGCGGAUGGGUUCAGUGCGGUACGAGGAGAUGAUGGAGGAGGACGGGCUGACCAGGCUGACCGAACACGUCAGCUUGGAUCAGAUCCGCCCCGUGCCACCUGUCAUUGAUGGGGAUGACCCUGCCAUGUGGGAUGAGGGCCAUCCCGUGGAGGCGUGGGACAAUGAUGGCUGGUGGGUAGGCACAAUCGUUGGCCGCGUCUUCAGGCGCCGAACCAUGCCCCAUCCCGAACCUCCCGGUGCUGUGCCUGGCGCUAGGCUCGGCACCGAGGCUGACGUGCUGGCGUUCAGGGUGUAUUUCCAGGGAUCAACGGAGCAGAAGGUGUUUCUGGCCCGUGACCUGCGCACGAGAAUGGACUGGCUUCAUGGCAAGUGGAUCUCGCUGGGGCCCGUGGCUGCUGACGCUGACGCUGCUGCUGACAUGUCUCCUUCGUCUGCUGACGCUGCUGCUGCUGCUGCUGCUGCUGCUGCCGGUGAUGCUGCUGCUGCUGCUGCUGCUCCUGCCGUUACUGCCGCUGUAACUUCUGCUGCUAUCACUCAUGUAGCUAUGGGUAUUGCUAAUGUAUCAGCUUGUGCUGAUGCUGUAACGGAUGCUGUAACGGAUCCUGAAGCUGAUGCUGUAACCAUGCAAGACAUGGCAGCCGGAGGAGGAGCAGCGGGAGCAGCAGCAGAGGAAGGGGGCAAGGCAGCAUUACUAGCUGAUGGAAGAGGGGCUUCUUUGGCUUCAGGGCCCGAGACUCAGGCGGGGGAGACUCAGGCGGGGGAGACUCAGGCGGGGGAGGAGUCUGUGAUGGAGGGGAGAGCAGGAGCCGAGGAAAGGGAUGACGUGGCUGCAGCAGCAGCAGCAGCAGCAGCAGCAGCAGCAGGGGAAAGAGAAAGAGGAGCACUACCAGCAGCAGAACGAUUAGCUGCAGCAGCAGUAGCAGCAGCAGACGAAGCAGGUCAUUCGCCAUCAGCAGGAUCACCAGCAGCGGAACAUGAAGCAGCAGCGCCAGGAGUGAAGGAGUGCGUUGAUGAGUGUGGAUUGGAGGGCGGGGUGAACGAGGGUGGUAUGGGGCAGGGUGGGUUGAAGGAGCAGGCUGCUGGUCACCAGGAGAUAGAUUCAGGGGAGCCGUUUUCUUGUGGGCCGGUGACAGUAGGACAGUGUGACAUUAGUGAAGGGCGGGCGGCGCCUGUGAGUGUGGGUGGUGCUAGUGAUCCUAAAGAAUGUCAGAGAGGAGGUGACGGAGGGAAUGGCGAGGAGUGGGGUGGAGAGGGAGAGUGUGAAGAGAAAAUGAGGGGUGGAGAGGGGAAGAGUGAAGAGAAAGAGAGGGGUGGAGAGGGGAAGAGUGAAGAGAAAGAGAGGGGUGGAGAGGGAAAGAGUGAAGAGAAAGAGAGGGGUGGAGAGGGAAAGAGUGAGGAGAAAGAGAGGGUUGGAGAGGGGAAGAGAGAAGAGAAAGAGAGAUGGAGAGAGGGGAAGAGUGAAGUGAAAGAUAGGGGUGGAGAGGGGGAGUAUGAAGAGAAAGCGAGGGGAGGAGAGGAAGGGGCCACAGGCCUAGCCACCGUCCUUGGCAGCAAGGCACGCAUAUCUGUGCACGUGCUUGGUGCAGCGAGAGGGGAUGAAGGGGAGGAAAGGGAACCAGGCUUCGAUGCGAGGUCGCCACCAGAUGGGAGUGGUGGUGGGCGUGAGUGCAGGGCAGCUGGGAAUGUGCCACAGGCAGUAGGAGGCGCUCCAACAGCAGCAGGCAGACCUGUGCACGUGCUUGGUGCAGUGAGAGUCGAGCGGGUGGUGCGGGAUGGCGGUAAAGGUGCGAGGUCACCACCACUCGAGAGCAGCGGUGAGGGUGAGGGUAGAGGCAGGGCAGCAGAAUAUGCGAUACACGUGGCAGCACCUGAGGUUGAGGGAUUAGCAGCUUUGGAGAAGCGUAGAAGCACCACGUGUCAGCCCCUCAGUGAUUCCUGUCCGGAUAAACCCUGUCAGGUUAAAUCCUGUCCAGAUAAACCCUGUCAGGAUAAACCCUGUCCAGAUAAACCCUGUCAGGAUGACCCCUGGGAUCUGAGCGCUGCUACUGGUUGUUCCAAUGCUGGUGCUGGAGAGAGGGAGGCUCCACUGAUCGUCUACAAGCGAAGGAGGACAGCGCAGGGGUGGGUGGGGCCAUGCCUAGACAUGCAGAGACAAAAGAUUAAAUUCUACUCUCAAAUUCUAAGUCAGACAAUUAAGGGGGGAGGAGUCCCGUUGGUGGGUGUUUCUCUUGCAGAAGCAGCAGGUGGAGGAGGGGGUGAGCCGGCAGGAAGACACUCGGUGGCGCCUCAGGGCGGGGGCAAGCAGGCUGCACUGCUGCAGGAAACGCAGGGGGCAGGAGGGGGGAGGCAGGCAGGUGGGGGAGAUAAGAGUGCAGCAGGUGGGACUGGGGGAGGGAGAGGGAGGCUUUCAAGGCAGUGCAAGGCGUCUAGGGUUUAUGCCAAGAUGUUGGGAAAGGGAGGAGGAGUAGAAGGGAGAGGCGGAGCAGAAGGGAGAGGAGGAGUAACAGAAGGGAGAGGAGGAGGUUUGAAGGCCACCUCGCAUGCACCAAGCACCCUUCCUCCGUUCACCUCCAGCACAGGAUUGAAAACGAAGGCAGCAGCAGCAGCUGCUUCUGCUUCUGCUACUGCUGCUGCUGCUGCCCCUGCCACACCCGCCGCAUUUCCCACCACACCUGCUGCAACUCCUGCCGCACCCGAUGGUGCGCCUGCCACCCCUGCAGCAAUGCCUGCAGCGAUGCCUGCAACGAUGCCUGCAGCGAUGCCUGCAGCAAUGCCUGCAGCGAUGCCUGCAGCGAUGCCUGCAGCGAUGCCUGCAACGCCCAUGGUGGGUGGGGAGAGGCCACGGGCACCUCCAGUCGCAAAGGCGAUCUCUGAGGCGCCUCAUGUAAGGCGAGCAGGAGGGGGGAGUGUAGGUGACAGGAGAAGGGAGUUGAUUGGGGUGGAUGUUGGGGAGCAGGGAGUGGCGAGGGUGGAGGGAGUGGUGGAGGUGGAUGAGUGGGGAGAGGUGGGGGGGGAGCAGGAGAGGGCAGGUGGGGGAGCGGUGGUGGAAAUUGAGGAUGAUGGGGAGGAGGUGGAUGUGGAGGAGUUGAGAGAGGUGCAUGGUGUCAAGGAAGGCGGUGAUAAUGAUGCUGGUGUGGAGGAGGAUGAGGACGAUGAAGAGGAUGACGAAGAUGAUGAUGAGGAUGAUGAUGUGGUGGAGGUGGUGGGGGAGGAGGUAUGUGUGAGCAUAGUGCAGCAUAGACCAGGAGAAGCGGCAGUACCAGCAGGAGAACCGGUGCACCGGCAUGUGAAUGUGACAUCCCCCUCGGGUCUCACCACAGCAGCAGGACAGACCAACUUCUCCACACUGGCCCUUACAGCAGCGCAUGCCAAAGCACAUCCACAUGCAAGAGCACAUACAAAUACAACAGCGUACACAGAAGCGUGCACAUCUGCACCUGCAGGCAUGGCAGCAGCUCCCCACACACCAGCAGCACCUUCAGUCCAUCACUGUGCGCCUGUUACCUCGCCAUUCCAGCCAACCCUAGGAGCUGCACGGCUGUGCUCCGAGCAGCACAUCGGCGGGGUGAAGAGACAGCGGUUCUUUGGCACCUGGAGCCGCCAGGGGCCUCUUUUCCACAGCCGCGACACGCUGCAGACACACAAUGGACCGGGGGCCACUACUGAGAACAAAGAGUACUGUGGGGUGUCGACUCGAUCACUCUAUGGAGGGGGGGAUAUGAGGCAUGUAGCUGGUGGGGUAGAGAGAGAGGUGGUGCUUGGGGGAGGGGAUACGGGGGUCCAGGCAGUGGCAGAGGCGGCAUACGGGGGGGUGCUGCAUGCGCUGUGGGUGCAGGGAGGGGGAGAGGGCAUCACGUGGGAUAAGGAAGUGCUGCUGACAGACCUCCGCCGGGCUUUAAGUAUUUCCAACGACCAGCACUCUCGCCUGCUUGCUGCUCUGCUCUCACAGGAUGCGACAGCUGAUGCCAGCUGGUAAUUUGAUGUCAAAAUUGAUACUUCAGUUUGUUUCAUGCAGCAUAUGAUUGUGAAGGCGUCUCGCAUAGGCAGCGGCAGUGUGGUACUAGCAUGAGAGCUACUACUUGUACCAGGCUUCCCACCAGCAUGCGGAUCUAGCGUAACUGUGACUUCUCCACAAUGGAAAUUCGACUCCAUGCAUCUUACAGCCUGCAUGGCGGGGGACUUCAGGCAUCCUUCGGUAGAGAUGAAUAAAGAUUCAGUGUACAU